UCUUCCCGAUACAUGAAACUUACCAUCACGGUAUCCUAGAGCUGCCAUCCUUAUGAUCCCUUGGUCUAACAGUGUUCAGUACCACUUUCCUUCCCAAAGUCCUUUGCACCCUCAGAUCUACUGGGCCUAACUCAGUCUUUUUUAAUACCAGGUACUCUUCUGGGAGUGAGGGCCUUACCGUCCUCCUGUGCAUGGACAUGGCAGCUUUUCAUGGUGUCCAGUGGCUGGUCGUGUGUGACCGGGAAGCUAUAGGAAAACUUGAGAAAACGGAGACCAUUGUUUGUUCAUCUGUAUUAUUCCCUGCUCUGAUUUCUUCCAGGCCCAGAUAAUAAGAGGAUGGCCAGGAAUGUGUUGAAAUACGAAAAGCUUUUGGCAGAGAGCCCCAACCAGGUGGUAGCUGAGGCUGUCAUCCAGAGGCCCAACGUACCCCACCUGCAGACCAGAGACACCUAUGAGGGGUUGUGUCAGACCCUAGGAUCCCAGCCUACUCACUACCAGAUCCCUAGCCUCUACUGUUCGUAUGAGACAAAUUCGAGCCCCUACCUGCAGCUCCAGCCCGUCCGGAAGGAGGUCAUCCACCUGGAGCCCUAUGUUGUUCUCUACCAUGACUUUGUCAGUGACGUGGAGGCUCAGAAAAUUAGAGGGCUUGCAGAACCGUGGCUACAGAGGUCUGUGGUGGCAUCAGGGGAGAAGCAGUUGCCAGUGGAGUACCGAAUCAGCAAAAGUGCCUGGCUGAAGGACACCGUCGAUCCCCUGCUGGUGACCCUUGACCAUCGCAUUGGUGCCCUCACAGGCCUUGAUGUCCAGCCUCCCUACGCAGAGUAUCUCCAGGUGGUGAAUUAUGGAAUUGGCGGUCACUAUGAGCCUCACUUUGACCAUGCUACGUCACCAACUAGCCCACUGUACAGAAUGAAGUCUGGGAACCGAGUGGCAACAUUUAUGAUCUAUCUGAGCUCCGUGGAAGCUGGAGGAGCCACUGCCUUCAUCUAUGCCAACUUUAGCGUGCCUGUGGUCAAGAAUGCAGCACUGUUUUGGUGGAAUCUGCGUAGGAGUGGUGACGGGGAUGGUGACACACUUCAUGCGGGCUGUCCUGUCCUGGUGGGAGAUAAGUGGGGUAAGGCCUGCCUUUCUAGGCAUGAGAAUGGGGUGAGGGAUUCAGAGUAAAGUCAAAUAGGGAGUGGCUGGAAAAUAGCAUAGCCCUGUCAUUCCAAAAGCUUCAUUACAGUGCCACUUAAUAUUGAGAUGAUCAGAUUGUGGGUUAGUUGCCCCCAAAGAUUGGGAAGCCUUAAAGGGCAAAGAUUCUCUCACAGAGCAGGUGUCAGUGAAAGUUUAUUUUU